AUGGUUCUUGUUUCUUAUCCUGUUGAUGAUGGUUAUGAUGACCCAGAAGGGUCCUCGUCUCAGGGGGCUGGCAACUCCAGCUUCAAGACACCAUCGUUGAAGGCAGAACCACAGAGCUCAGAAAUAUAUGGAUAUAUGCUUGAGAUGACUCCCUCACGAGAGCACAAUGGCUUCUGGCUAAAGACAGCCCGCUGGAGAUCGUCGACAUCUCCUGUCAGCCAUGGCUUUGUCUUUCAGAUCAUGACCCAGUACGAGGAAUCAGGUUUAGAGAUAAAAGGGGCCGAGGCCUCCGUGGAUACUAAUCCCAUACACCAUCAUGGACGGUCUCAAGAGGGUCUCCCGCACGAGCUGCUAGCCAUGAUUGUCAGAAACACGGCGGAUUGGGUCGGUCUCGAGAGUCUGAUUUUGACCUCGCCGCCGGUGACCGCUCUCUUCGAGCCUGGGGAGUCCCCUGAUGCACCCGCCGACUCGGAUGCGAUCUCCCUCGUUAAGGAGGUCCUACAGGCCAAUCCGGUUAUGAACUCCGGACUGGAGUGUUACUUCUACAUGUGCGCGGCGCUCCGGCGGCGCUCCGUCAAUGACAGCAGUCUGGCCGACUUUCUUGCCCGUGAGUUCCCCCUCUCAUUCGGUGGACGUAGGAGAUCAGACGGUCUCAAACCACCAGGAAACCAUGUGCUAGAACAAAGCAUGUAA